AUGGAGUUUGUGACCGGCUACCGGGCAGAGAUCCUGGACUUUGCCGAGCUUCUCUUCGGCUGGUACCAGCGCUUCCUGCUGGACGCCAUCUGCCGCCGGGGCAGCGAGCGGCGCAAGAGGCAGGAGAGCUCCAUCCGCCGCCUGCCGCCUGACCCAGCCCUCUGGAUCCUGCACCUGCUGCCAAACCGCAACCUGGCCUUCACGGUGGCCGACCCCGGGCAGCAGCUGGGUGGCCGCUUCUACAGUGAGGAGGCUCUAGCCCUGCAGGACCUGGAGCGCUUCAUCACCUUUGUGGGGGCCGGGGGGGCGGAGGAGGAGGAGGAGGAGGAGGAAGAGGAGGAUACUGAUGGCACCACAGAGACAGGGCAGCCCUUGUGGCGCGUUGAGCACCUCCUGCUGGUGACUGAUGAAUACGGCACCAUUCUGGGCUUUGACUUCCUGUUGGAAGGCUUCUUGGGGACAGCUGGGCAGGAGCCACUGGAGCCCCGGGCCCUCGCCUUGCUCUGCUACAGCAUGUUCUGCCCCCUGGGUGCUGGGGAGCCUCGCCGACCGAAGCUGCUGACCGUGGGAGACCCCGCUUUGCACAAGUCCCUGGAGCCCCUACUUGCUCGCCUGGGCAUCCGAAUGAGCAAGGGCCCGAUGCGGGGCUGGGGCCCCAAGCCUACCUUCUCCUUCCCUACCACACGGGUGCGAGCAUGUCACGUGUGCAAGCGACACAGUUUUGAGGGCCAAAUUACAGCCUGCCAGCAUUGCCGCGCCGUCUUCUACUGCUCAGAGAAGUGCCGGAAGCUGGACUGGAGCCGCAGCCCCGAGGACAUCGGGCACCAGUUUUGGUGCCAGCGCAUGGCUGGGUACAUGAGCCAUGCCAGAGAACUUGCCAACUUCCCUUUCACCUUUGCUGCUGAGGUGACCAGCGAUACCUUCAACAAGGAGGGCUUCCUGCUUGCGCGAGGGCUGACCCGCGGAUACUGGGUAGCAGAAAGCAUGCUGGUGAGGGCCCCCGACUAUGGCCUGGGGUUGCAGAAGGGCCCUGCAAAGACCCCUACUAAUAGCCUGCUUGACCGCUCCUCCCAACUGCGACAGUCUCUGUCCGGCAUCAGGCCCACCCAAUAUCAUUCCUUCACAAACUGCAUCUUGUACAUUUUUGGCUACAAUUUUGGCUACAAUUCAAGAUGCUGGUUGUCACCGCUAAAGCUCUUCACAGUAGAUGGCCUGUUUAUCUUGAGGAACCAUCCGUGGCUGCUGUCCAUCAGAUCCAGCUGGGCAGAAUGGGCACCCUUCAUGCCCCCUUGGUCAGGUAACCCCUUUGAGGCACUCAGGCCAGAAGGAGGGACAGCACUCCCCCCAGCACCCCCAGAGCCCCCGACGCCUCGGACAUUCUUUGCAUCCUGGAAAGAGUACUACCAGUGGCGGGGGCUGCCUCUGGGGGCCCCCUUGGCCGUGCUGCUGACCUAUCCCCUCACCGCCUACUACAUCAUCACUCAGCUGGCCCCCCAGCACUUUCCAGAGCUAAACAUUUUGAACAAGCAGUCCCUCAAGAUCCACUUGGUGGAGGCUGGCAAGGAGUUUGGCGUGCUGAUGGUGUUCUGGGAGUUGUCAGUGUUGCUCCCUCACGUUUCUCUGGAGCUGCUCUUUGUGGGGGACACGUUGCCCCCCGAGUUGGACGGCCAGCAGUUCCUUUUGCAGAGAGAUGAAGAGCGGGGUGUCUCCGUCCUGCCCGGCUUGGCCCCCAGGGCCAAAGGAGGCCGCCGGGAGCUGCAGCUGGGCUUCAGUGCCCGUCCCUACCACCUCCUGCAGGCUCCCAAACCGGACCUGGUAAUUGCCCCCAUUGUGCCCCUGAUCUGCCCAGGGUUCAACUCUGGCUUUGCCCUGAAGGAGACCUGGCUGAGUGCUUUGCCGCGAUUGCAGUCCCUCCGAGUGCCAGCCUACUUCACCGAAUGCAGCGCCUACAGCUGUGCCGUGGAUGAGGCCGCGGUCUCCAUGGCCACGGGGGGCACUGCCAGCCCUGCCCAGAUCAAUCCCUUCCGUUCACCCUUCCGACAAGCCGGCAUUGACAAUGCCAUGCCCUGGUACUGCAACGCCUUCAUUUUCCAUCUGAUCUACAAGGCCUCGGCCAACAACCACCGGCAGAGCUCUGUGCCCCCUCCGCAGCCACUUCUGGCCAGCGGGAACCCAGAGCCGGCUGAGCCGGCUCGGAGCCGGCGAAAGGACAAGAGGCAGAUCCGUGCGGCAGGGCGCCGGCGCAAGUGACGGGGUGAACAGAAAAUAAAGCACUGAUGGACACACCAAGACUCUGUGCUGGUUCACACCUUGAGCAGGGGGUUGGUCUAGAAGGCCUCUGAGGUCCCUUCCAGCCCUGAGAUUCUGGGCUCUCUUAAGUUGGCUGGCAGCCCCGGCUGGGAACAGAGUCCUGGGCUCAUGCUUAACGGAAAGAGGCAUGGAAGUUGUGGCCCAGACACAGGACCAGCAACCCCCCUUGGCCAGUGUCUCUUCAGGGAAGGAACAGCCAUUCCUCUCCUCUCUUGGCCACAGGCCGAAAGCAUCUGAUGCCCACCCACCCCUGACAGAA